CGUAUAAAGGCGUCGACCUGGUAACCUUCUGCACACUUCUAAGUCAACGGUCCUCCAACAUGUACCGAGCACUGGCAAUUGUCCUUCUCGCCGCGUCGGCGCUGUCCGACUCCGCCCCGAGCUACCGGGCCCCAGCUCCCGCUCCUGCACUGAACUACGGAGCCCCCGCCUGCCACGACGGCCUCGUCCGCAGAGCCGACGGUUCUUGCGCCCAGCCCAUCAUCACCAGGAACCUGUACCUCUACAACGCCCCUGCCCAGACGGUGACAUACGGACCUCCUCCUAUUCUGCCUGACCCCAAGGUGCACUUCAACUACGUGUUCGUGCGCACCCCGGCAGUCCAGCCCGGACCCCGCCCCGUUGUCGUGCCACCUCCCCAACAGAAGACCCUCGUGUACCUGCUGAGCCAGCGCCCUGGUGCCGUUGGACAAGAGGUUAUUGAGGUUCCCUCGACCCCCACCCAACCUGAGGUCUACUUCGUCAACUACAAUGACGGAGACAACCCUCAACUCCCCGGAGGCAUCGACCUCCAGACCGCCCUCAGCCAGUCCGCGGCCCAGGGACAAGUUAUCGGCGGUGAUGGUGGAUUCGGUGGUGGAUUCGGACAUGGAUCCGAUGAAAGCCGAGAAAAUGGCAGAAGAGGAGGAUACCAGUAAUCUAUUUCUUUAUGCCUUUUAUAACUUAUUUUUUCCUCUCGCAUUUAGCCUAUCUUUCCAGUCAUGUUCUCUGUUUGUCAACAAAAUUUCGAAAUCCAUAACGACUGCGUGCGAAUAAAGUUAUUUAUGAUUCUUUA